CCGAGACAUUCUUGUCGAAGACAGAAGAGCUGACGAAGGGUGAAGAUGUCAUUGAAUGUGUCCUCCUGCCCAGAGGAGCAUUGGAGCAGUGAGCUGUCUCUUUAUGCUGUUGUGUACGGAAUAAUCGUCAUUCCUGGGAUCUUUGCGAAUAGCGUGGCUUUAUGGGUUUUAAUUGGGAACAUCAAGAAGGAGAAGAAGGCAGUGAUAUUCAUGAUCAACCUUGCCUUGGCUGAUCUGGCUCACAUGUUGACCUUGCCCUUGAGGAUCUUUUAUUAUGUAACUCACACCUGGCCUUUUGGAAAAUUUAUGUGCUUGUUCUGUUUCUACCUAAAGUUUGUAAACAUGUACGCUAGCAUCUUAUUUUUAGUUUGCAUCAGCAUCCAACGCUGUGUAUUUUUGAUCAGUCCAUUCAAGUACAGCACCUGGAGACGCAGGUAUGAUGUGGCGUUCAGUGUUGUCGGAUGGGUGGUUGUCACAUUGAUGUGCCUGCCAUUCCCCAUCAUGCGUAACGCAGGCACAUUCAACAGCUCGCUCUGCUUUGCUGAUCUCCCCAUGAAGCAAGUCAAGCUGGCAUCUUCUAUACUGAUGCUCACAGCGGCCGAGCUCCUGGGCUUCCUGGGGCCAAUUAUCAUCAUUGCUGUGUGCACCUGGAAAACUGUAGCAUCCUUGAGAGUGUCGUCAGCAUUGCCCAAGGAUCAUGGUGGAAAGCGGGCUCUGAACUUGCUCCUGAUGUGUGCGGCAGUCUUCCUGAUUUGCUUUGCCCCCUAUCAUAUACUGUUCCUGCUCAACCAGUUGAGACAGUUGAACUACAUCACAGAUUGCUCCGUGAGGAAGAACAUCGUCAUUCUGCAUUCACUGUCACUCUGUGUGGCAAGCCUGAACGCCUGCUUGGACCCAAUCAUCUAUUACUUUGUCACCAGCGAGUUCAGAGAGCAGCUCUCACGGACGAGCAGCUUCCUCGUGCGGAGUCGCCACUUGAGCAGGGAGAGCACGACCAGUCGCUAACCUCCGGAGCACUCAGACAACUGUGUUAAGUGUGUGUCUUGGGUUUUUUUGUAAUGUAAAAACUGUAGGAAACGGAAUUUCGUUCAAACCAAGUUGUUUGAAUGACAAUAAAAGGCAUUCUAUAC